GAAAGACCGCGGCUAAAGAGAGCAGCAACAGUUAACAAGAAGCGGCUGCGACACUUUGUUUACCGACGAAAAUGGCAGAAAGCCGUAAAUGCGAUCAUAGCGUUGCAGAGAAUGGGAGUCGUGUUGACCCAUACCUCUAAUAAGGAGUCAGACUAUCGGAAGCUGCUCCAGGCAAAAAGCUCAAAGACUGCUGCCUUCUACCGCAAAACUUCCAUUCGCGAUACACCUUCCAUAGUAGUUCUCGAAGGUGACGCGAAACAAAAACAGUCUUCCAGUAAACCUAGUGGAACUGCUAAGCAGUCAAAUGAACAGAAAGUGCUGAUCUCUUCCGCAGAUGCAUUAAAAACUACGCCGAACAAGCGACCUCCCCAAAUUACUAUCACAAAUCCCUCGAAACCAGAACUGAAACCUCUGGGUCAAGAGUUGUCCAAUUCACCUUUGAAAAUAUCUUCUACUCCAACAUCACCUAAAGCACAACCACUUUCACCUUCAAGACAACCACAAUCUAAACCUGUCGCUGCACCACAAAAGGCUCUUGCUAAUAGCACAGUAACUAAUCAAACUAAAACGGACGUUCAGCCCACUGCGCAUGUAAACUUUAAACAGGCGCCUCCAAAACCAUUAACGCCGCGAUCCGCGCCCAAAACUGAGGCUGGAGUCAUGCAGCCAUCAUGUGGGAUUGAAAAUAAACCACUGAAAGACACCACUCCACCGAGGCCUUCAAAUCUUAAUGCCCCAGCAGACCCAACAAAGAAUUCCUGGACUCCACCAUCUAUGAAUGAGAAAUUGAGUUCACAAUGCCCCACGGCUACAAGUUCUCCCCCAUUAAAACCGUCUCCUCCCUCUUCACCGAAACGACCUUCCACAUCACCUUCUAAGACCCCUACUAAAAUCACUACCGAGACUCCUUCUUCCGGAGCAACUCCAAGCAGAUCAAAUUUACCGCCAUCAGAACCGGUUCUCCUGAAGAUGGUAACACUUUCCAAGCCGCGGGGCAGUGUUGCGGACCGGAUAAGUUUUUUCAACAGCUCCUCUUCUAAUCAGCAAACGAAAAGCGCCAAGAGUAAGAAGUUUUCCCUUUAUAGUUAA